CGCUUCCAACGGGGCUAGGGGAAAGCCUGUCGUUUGCGGCUCACUCUGAUUUAACUAGAACAGCCGUAUCAGAGCACGGAGAGGUAAGUCAAACAAUUAAGAGGACGCCUAUAUCUCGUGCAGAACCACAAGCCAGCCAGGCGAGCUUCCCCCGGCCCCUCUGAGGGCCGCCCGCGCCCCGCCCCGCUCCCCUCACAGGCGGGGCCCUGACGGCCGCCAGUCGCGCCCAACGGCCCCGGCGUGACGUCAGAGCCGCGCGACGGAGCGGAGCGCGGAGAUGGAAAUGUCAGAAGAUGAUAUUAACACAGAAGAAUACCCCACUGAAAUUCAUGAUUAUCUUAAAACAUUUGAAAAAUCUCUUAGUUCUGUAGAUGAGAUGCUGAAGACGAUGAUGUCUGUUCCUAGAUGUGAGCUUUUCCAAAAGUUAGAGCCUCUUGAGCAAGUAAAGCUGGAUUUGGUUUCAGCAUACACAUUAAAUUCAAUGUUUUGGGUAUACUUGGCUACUCAGGGAAUCAAUCCAAAGGAACAUCCAGUGAAACAAGAACUGGAGAGAAUAAGAACAUACAUGAACAAGGUCAAAGAAAUAGCAGACAAGAAAAAGGCAUCUAAACUUGAUAAAGGAGCAGCUUCCAGAUUUGUAAGAAAUGCACUGUGGGAACCAAGCCCUGAAAAUGAACGUACCUCCAAAACUCCUGCUAAAGCGAAAAAGAGAAAGAUGGACUAAAUUUUUAUAAUAGAAUAAAUCCUUAUAUAAUCAGAGACGCCUAGAAUUACCAAAAUGUGGUUUGUAUGCUGUAUGAGUUUAACAGAAGUGCUAUAUAGCAACAUCCUGAUGAAGCUAUACUUAAAAAAAAAAAUAAAAUAAAAAAAUACAGGAUUGUAUUUUGUCUAGAACAUAUCACUGAGGUAAUCCCAUUAUAUGUAUAUCUGAUGUAUCAGAUGUGCCAUUUGAUGCUAGAGAAGUAACAUUUCAUUACUCAAAUGAUGAUGACCUCACAUAAACUUGCUGGUAAUGGAUACUAGUGUUGUUUUGUUGUAAUGCUUAAGAAUUUUUUUUUUACUCCUGAAUGAUUGACACUUUUUAUAUGUAUUUAAUUUCCUGAAUAUUAAAACCAGUCUCAAA